UGGAGCAAGACGGGCACUGAUCCAUGCAUCCUCUGUUGGAUGCAGAAUAAGAAGCAAUAUUUACAGAUAAGCCCACACCAUCCUUACACUGGCUGCUUUGCAGUAUGUUCUAGCAUUAGCAGUAGGUAGCUAUAUAAAAAAAAUUCAUGAAGAUUUGAGAGACGCUUUGCUGAAGGCGAUGAAAGAGGGACUGUCAGGAAGUUGCUGAUGUUAGAAAAAGGUCGACAUGGUAAGUUAGCUGGCUAAAGUAGCUAGCUUGCAAGCCAUCAUUUAAUGCUAUAGCCUACUUCGUGCCGUUGAUCACCCUGACAAGGAAUAUGGUUUAUCUCUGACCAAUGACAUACAGACAAUAAAAUGGAUAAUUGCAACUCCAUCAAAGAAAAUGAAGAAGAAAACACCAAUUGUUUUAGGAAGAAAACGAAGGAGGACCUACACCGCGUUAGCUUGUUUGCUAGUUGAUACCGAGGCUUGGAUGUUGAAUGUUGUUUUGUCAGGGUUUCGAAAAUAAGAAUAUUGUGUUGUGAAGCCAUGGUUUUUAUUGAAAUUGCUAACGUUAGCUAACUAUCUAUAGAGUCAUUAUAUUCGUAGUUACGUAGCAAGCCAGUUGGAAUUUGUUAUUGCAGGUGGCUAGCUAACAAACUUGUUCAAGUGUUUUUAUUUAACAGUUUGUUUAACGAGGUGGCGUUAGUCAAUUGAGAAACCAGUUGUUAUAUUUAAAAUCAAAGGCAUUCAGUUGCUGGAAUAUGGACAUGUUUAUUACUGGACAGUCAGUUGGCCGAUGAAGUCAAGAGUGGCAGUCAAUACAGCUGUCUUCCCACUGUGUCCAGUUAUUUAUUAAAGGCCUUGCAAAGUUAUUCUACAGUAAUUCUACAUUUAUUUUUACAUAGCAGUAGUAAAGCAAAAAAGUAUCCAGAAUACACUGCCGCAAUUGUGUUAACUUGUCAUAACUAAAUCUUGCCUAAUGUGGAUGGCACUAAACCAGAAAAGCCAUUAGGUGGGUUUGGAACAGCAUUCUGCAAAUAUUUGUAUAGAAACCCUCAGAAGAACAUAAAACUUUAUUGACAACACUGAAGUCCACCGGUUUUGCUAUGCGUCUCUCCUCCUUUCUGGCCAUGUUCAGGCCUGCACUCCCCCUUGUCUUGGGGCUCUCAUUGGGGUGCAGCUUAAGUCUACUGAUGGUCUCCUGGACCCAGGGAGACUCAGAUGACUCGUGUGGAGAUGAACUAGGCAAUGGGGUUCUAUUCCUAGGCCACAAUAAGGGAGAACCUCAAGGGGAGCAAAGAGGUGGUCUUGGAAAUGAGGACUUUCAGCCACGUGUUGUACCAUACCACAAGGACCCUAACAAAGCACACAAGAAGGUCCUCAGGACACGCUAUAUCCACACAGAGCUAGGCAUCCGAGAGCGCCUCCUGGUGGCCGUGCUGACAUCGCGGGCCACCCUAAACACGUUGGCCGUGGCGGUGAACCGCACCGUGGCCCACCACUUCCACCGCACCUUCUUCUUCACGGGCCUGCGCAGCAGUAAGGCCCCCCACGGGAUGACGGUGGUGGCGCACGGCGAUGACAGGCCCGUGUGGCUGAUGUACGAGACAGUGCGUCAUCUGCACCAGCACUAUGGCUCAGACUACGACUGGUUCUUCCUGGCCCAGGACGAUACCUACAUUCAGGCCGAGAGGCUGGCCGAGCUAGCGGGCCACCUAAGCACCGGACAGGACCUGUACAUGGGCCGGGCCGAGGAGUUCAUCGGCGGGGAGGAAAGGGCCAGGUACUGCCACGGGGGUUAUGGCUACCUGCUCUCGCGCAGCCUGCUGGCCCGCCUGCAGCCUUACCUGGACACCUGCCGCAACGACAUCCUCAGUGUCAGGCCCGACGAGUGGCUGGGUCGCUGCAUCAUCGACUACUUGGGUCUGAGCUGUGUGGAGGUGCACCAGGAGAUGACGUAUCACUACUUUGAGCUGGGGAAGAAUGCAGACCCAGAGCGAGAGGACAGCAGCCAAUUUAAGCAUGCCUUCACAGUCCACCCUGUGUCAGACCCCAGCCUCAUGUAUCGCCUGCACAAACGCUUCAGUCAGAUCGAACUGGACUGGACCUACCUACAGAUACAGCAGUUGCAGGUCCAGAUUAAUAACCUGAGCGAGCUGACUCCAGAAGGGAAGUCCGGGGCCACAUGGCCCAUUGGGGUCAACCCCCCGUUCAAACCCAAGACGCGUUUUGAGGUCAUCAACUGGGAGUACUUCACCGAGGAGCACAUCUACUCAUGCGCCGACAGCUCCCCCAAGUGCGAGCUGCGUGGUGCCGACCGCGCCGAUGUGAGCGCCGUCCUGGAGACAGCCGUGGAGCGCCUCAACGAGCGCUACCAGCCCCAGCUGCGCUUCCGCAAGCGGCGCCUGCUCAACGGUUACCGCCGCUUCGAUCCCACCCGAGGCAUGGAGUACAUGCUGGACCUGGUGCUGGAGGCCUUCACCCAGAAGGGUCACAGCCAGGUCAUCGGCAAGCGGGUCAGUCUCCUCCGGCCCCUCAGCGCCAUCGAGAUCAUCCCCAUGCCCUAUGUAACGGAGGCGACGCGUGUGCAGGUCAUCCUGCCCGUCACGGCACGCGAGCAGGAUCACGUGGGAAACUUCCUGGAUAUGUAUGUGAUGAACACGCUGGACACCCACGACAACGUGCUGCUCACGUUCCUCUUCGUCUACGACCCCUUCGACGCGCAGCGGGUCAGCCAGACGGACAUCUUCGCCGGCGUCAAGGCCAUGAUCGGCGAGGUGGAGAAGCGCUACGGUGACGUGAAGAUCCCCUGGAUCAGCGUGAAGACGGAGGUGCCGUCGCAGGUCAAGCUGAUGGACAUCAUCUCUAAGAAGCACCCGGUGGACACACUCUUCUUCCUGGCCUCGGUGUGGACCGAGGUCAACGCCGACUUCCUCAACCGCUGCCGCAUGAACGCCAUCAGCAGCUGGCAGGUGUUCUUCCCCGUGCACUUCCAGGAGUUCAGCCCGGCCAUCGUGUACCGCGACCAGCAGCCCUCAGCUGCCUCCUCCCCAUUUGCCGGCGAGGCGCUGCGCGACGGUCACUUCGACCGGCACGUCUUCGAGGAGGCCUGCUUCUACAACGCCGAUUACAUGGCGACGCGCACCAAGAUGGCCGCUGACAUCCUGGACAACGACGAGCUGCUGGAGAGCAUGGAUGUGUACGAGAUCUUUGUGCGCUACUCCGGCCUGCACGUUUUCCGGGCAGUUGAGCCGGCACUGGUACAGAAGUACGUGCGGCGGGUGUGCAACCCACGCUUGAGUGAGGACAUCUACCACCGCUGUGUCCUCAGUAACCUGGAGGGCUUGGCCUCUCGAUCCCACCUAGCCAUGGCCUUGUUUGAGCAGGAGCAGGCCAACAGCACCUAGGGGGUUAACUGGUGGUUUAAAAUGCAGAACUGGUAUAGAUCCCUUUUUUUCCCCCCGCGGGAGCCAGGCCUCAAAAGGCAACGCUAGUGCAAAGCCUGACAGUGGAAAUAUACCGUACCAUCCAGAAUGACUUUUUAACUAACCUCAACCUCUCUGCCUAAUUGUUUGGAUGAGGCAAGUAAUGGGAGGGCUGGUCUCCGAAAUGAUCCCUAGGGAGGCACACUGGAUCUCAGAAGCUUUGAGCUGUGAUGGUCCAAGGUUGGUUCCUGCAGUGUGCUUUCACUCCAAUGGUUACCCAGGGGACAUCCCACUGCAUAGUGGUGAAUGAACGAUGAGCGCCAUUGAUGUAUGGGUGUUUCUGUUAUUUCUUACAUUUCUUCUUGAGACCAUCAGAUGUGUCUUUCUUUGUGACUGUGCUGAUUUCAGCCAUUGAGUGUCUGGAUGUCAUUUUCUUUUUCAGUUCACACUUGGUGUAUCUCACUCCUUGGAGAGGGUGGUUUGUUUUAUGUUUUUUUUUGGACCCUGAUUAAAGGCAUAUGUCACAUUCAGACUCUUUA